AUGUCUCUGGCGGAUGAGCUCCUGGCUGACCUGGAGGAGGCUGGAGAUGAGGGGGAGGACGGGCUGUAUCCAGAUGGAGAUGAGGUGGACAGUGAUGGGGAGGGGACCCAGGCCAGGACUGGCGGAGGACUGGAAGACAUUCCAGAGGAGAUGGAGGUGGACUACAGUAAGGCUGAGAGUGUUGCCUCCAUUGCCAAGCUCCGCAAUAGCAAACAGUUUUCAGAGAUCAUGGACAAAAUAUCUGGAUAUAUUGGAAAGCAGCGCAAGAACUCAGAUGUCUCGGGGCCAGUCGAGGCUGACCCGGAAUACAGACUGAUCGUAGCAGCCAAUAACCUCACAGUGGAGAUUGACAAUGAGCUCAACAUCAUUCACAAGUUUACGAGGGACAAAUACUCCAAGAGGUUCCCAGAGCUGGAGUCCCUGGUGCCGGAUUCUUUAGAUUACAUCCGCACAGUCAAAGAGCUGGGAAAUAAUUUGGAGAAAUGUAAAAACAACGAAACGCUGCAGCAGAUUCUGACCAAUGCCACCAUUAUGGUCGUCAGCGUCACAGCCUCCACCACACAGGGAUCAUUGCUAAAUGAGGAUGAAUUAAGGCAGCUGGAAGAGGCUUGUGACAUGGCUCUGGAGCUAAACCAGUCUAAACACAGGAUCUAUGAGUAUGUGGAAUCCAGAAUGUCAUUCAUAGCCCCUAACCUGUCCAUCAUUGUCGGCGCGUCGACUGCUGCAAAGAUCAUGGGUAUCGCUGGCGGCCUCACUCACCUCUCCAAGAUGCCGGCCUGUAACCUGAUGCUGUUGGGAGCACAGAGGAGAACCCUGUCCGGCUUUAGCAGCACCUCCCUGCUGCCCCACACCGGCUUCAUCUACCACUGUGACGUUGUGCAGUCACUGCCACCGGAUCUCAGGAGGAAGGCGGCUCGCCUGGUGGCUGCAAAAUGCACUCUGGCUUCCCGGGUGGACAGUUUCCACGAGAGCUCAGAUGGAAAGGUUGGCUAUGAUCUAAAAGAGGAGAUUGAGAGGAAGUUUGACAAAUGGCAGGAGCCUCCACCAGUAAAGCAGGUGAAGCCUCUGCCAGCCCCUCUGGAUGGACAGAGGAAGAAGAGAGGAGGAAGGAGGUAUCGAAAGAUGAAGGAGCGACUCGGGCUGACUGAGAUCAGGAAACAUGCCAACAGAAUGACCUUUGCAGAGAUCGAAGACGAUGCCUAUCAGGAGGACCUGGGCUUCAGUCUGGGCCAGCUGGGGAAGAGUGGCAGCGGCAGAGUGAGACAGGCUCAAGUCAACGAGGCCACCAAGGCCAGGAUUUCCAAGUCACUGCAGCGGACGCUGCAGAAGCAGAGCAUGACGUACGGAGGAAAGUCCACCGUCAGAGACCGUUCCUCUGGAACCAGCUCCAGCGUAGCCUUCACCCCUCUCCAGGGGCUGGAGAUCGUGAACCCGCAGGCUGCAGAAAAGAAGGUGGCUGAGGCCAACCAGAAAUAUUUCUCCAACAUGGCAGAGUUCCUAAAAGUCAAGAAGGAAACUAAGACAUGA